GUCACAGUUCCGCCGUCACGGCUCGACAAUUUUCCCUGUGUUUUUUUUUUUUUUUAAUCUCCAUAGAUAAAGGUAUAUACAGUAGAUAGACUUGUAGAGAAACAGAAACUAGCCGUCAGUUAUUCCUCAGAGAAGCGGAGCACUAGUGAAACAGCGGGGAGUCUGUGUGUAGCAUCGAAUUUCAUCAGUGAGUGGAGCUUCAGGCCAGUCGCCGCGUUUCAGUUUUUGUGGCUGUGUGAAAGAGAGAUCGCCAGAUCGAGAUCACCAGCAGAGAAAGCUGAUAGACCUUUUGGUAGAAGUAGAAGGCAGACUUCAGUCACGAUGGAUCUGCACUGGUGAGAAGACACGCAAGUCUCUUGGCCGCGUCCACAAGCUCUUUAGCGCCGUCUCAACUGUCUAACUGUAUAACCACCGCUAGUGAUCGUCGUCCAAAAAGAACUUAACUGUUCUUGCACGCUUCUUGUUGUUGAUUAUUGUUAAAUUAGCAUUUUCACAUUUUUCUGUUGAACCCUCCCGAGUUGAUUUCGGCCGAAUCCCGUCACACAAAUAGCCGAGAAAAGACAGGAAUCAUGGGCGCUCCUGGUUCGAAAGCCACCGCGAGAUCCUUGCUUGUGUUCUUCUUCUUCUUCUUGUUGGCCAUUGCUGCCUACGCAUGGGCCGAUGAAUUCGCCGUAGAACCGGCCAACGAAGACGAUGCUUACGAUGCUUUAGUUAUGCAAGAAGAACAAGCGACCACCGAAGCCGGACGCGACGAUGGCCAAGGAGAUGCCGUAACCGAAGACGAAGAUUUCCAUCAACCGACGAUGACCGGCAUCGACAACGACAAGUUUUUGCGCCGUUUGGUACGAGUCCAGGCAUUCUCCCGACCGAUUCGGACCAAAACACGUCCCGUCUGGUACAACGGCCAAUCGCCGGUCUCGUUCAAAUCCUCUUCGACGACUGCAUCGACAACGACCAAGCCGUCGACCAGCGUGCAACCCAUUUCCGAGACGAUGCCGACCACUGACAUCACCACCCCUCCGUCGGCAACGGAAGAAGUUAACAAGACUGCGGAAGCGACCAACACGACGCCGGUCGACGACAACAACAGCACCGCAAUCGAGUUGAGCCAAUCGCAAGAAGAGAGAUGGCUGAUUGAAACCUUGGAAGAAGUGGCCCAAACGGUUCAAGAUUCUCAACCGUCUUCGGAUGAUGGUCUCGAACAAACGGCGGCCACCGAAGCGCCAAAGGUCCACGAAGACAAGUUGAACGAACAGCAGAAUAGUUUGUCGUAUUCGGCCGCCAGUUCGCCUGAACUCAUCGUGCACGACAGCGUUACUAGCACCCCGGUUCCAGCUACCAUCUCUUCGGCUCCUGUUUGGAUCUACCGGCCGACAUCGGCGCCCAGCAAGGAACCGGCUAGUGUCCUGAGCCCAGCCAAACGUGGCGGAACUCAGCCUCCCGCCAACACCAACGGAUUGAGCCGAUGGGGCGUAACGGUGAAACCAGGUGUGGCCGCUACCGUCUCGACGACGGUGCGCAGUUUGAAACAGCCCAACCCCAUCGGGUUAGUCACGGCCUCUAAACCUGUCGCCGACGUUGAACGGCUGACGACCACUGCCCAUCACAAGGUGCCCAGAUCGACGUUGGCCAGCCAAAUGCUGAGCAAAACGGCCAUCCCGUCUACUCAGCAAACAGCAGAUUGGUGGGUCACCAAACCCAAUUUCCAGUUCGACAAUUUGAGCGUGGAAGAAGCGGAUUACGGCCUAGGUGAAAGCAGCCAAACAACAGGCACAUCAGCGGAAUUGGCCGAACCAAAUGCCGAACUCCCGCCACCGAAAUCGCCACCUCAUUUCAAUAUCUUUUACGCGGACGGACAAGAAGCUCCGAGUAGCAUCAAAAACCGACCUGCCACCUUUUACCAAUCGACGCCUCGUCUUCCGCUGUCUGCCAAUCCUCUGGUUAUCAAAGCGCCUCUGGCCACUAGGACGUCCACGGUGAGACCCAAAACGACAGGUAAGCCAACCACAACGACGACCACUAAACGACCGUCGACGACUAAAAGGGCCGCGCCAACAACGACCACAACAACGACGACUCCAAGACCGAGGACGUCGAGGCCGAGGACGACGUCGACUACCAACAAACCGAAAUCGAAACCGACGACCGUGUCGACGAGGAAGCCGCCCGCCACCAUCCCGAUCCGACAGACGAGCAACAGGCCGGACAGUGUGCAAUUUGUUCGCGUGCCCCUGCCCAAUCUUCGACCGCCUUUCCCGGUCGAUUCGGGAGUGACGGACGAACCUGGAAAUUUCCAAGAGUUUGUUCGCACCACAACCGAAAGCCCUGAAGAUCCGUCGGAAGUGACGGACGUGUUUGAAAUCGAUGUCGGCGGUACAGAAAUCCGGCCCGUAUUUCCGCCCGAAUUCGAAGCAGAAGAGGAAUUUGGAGCCAACGGUGAUCUCAGCGAUAACACGGCUGAAACGAACACCAGUACGACGGACAGCAGCAGCAGCAGCGGCGGCAGCACUGGAUCGAGCGGAAGCGAAUCAAACAAUAACGGUUUGAUUGAUGAGCAGCAAAUUCCCAUCAAUUUCGUUGUUGUCAAUAUUUGGAAUUACGUCGGAGGGCAAUUGACUUUGGUUGGCCAGCAAGUGGUUCCCGCUCAAGUCUUGGCCGGCAUCAACAUCACCAAUGGAGCCACCAUCCAGUCGUCCAGUUUGCCGGAGACCAUCCUGAGUCAGCUGACUAAUCUUUUGGGAUCUACGACUCCGUUGACUACACCAUCGACUACGACGACAACGACGACUCCCAAGCCAACACUACCUCCUCGUCCUUAUGGCGGUGUAGGCAAUCCUGCUUUAGUGGGAGUAGGUCCAUCCGUCGUGAAAGGACCAGACUACGGAAAACCCAGUCAAACUUACGGCCCACCAAAAGCCCCAUCGACGUCUUACGGCCCUCCACCCAAAGCUCCGUCAGCAUCUUAUGGGCCACCUCCGACAGCUCCCGCUCAAUCGUACGGGCCUCCACCACCUUCGUCGUACGGACCUCCACCUCCGGCUCAAUCGUACGGACCUCCACCUCCCGCUCAAUCGUACGGACCUCCACCUCCCGCUCAGACGUACGGACCUCCACCGCCAUCGUCGUACGGACCACCUCCGUCUUACGGGCCUCCACCUCCGCCAUCCAUUUCGGAUCCUGCCCAAUAUUACGCACCGCCAACAACCACUGCAGCUCCAUCGUAUGUACUCGCUGAACAGUCGUACCAACCACCGUCUCCAACUCCGCUAGACUUGGAAGCCAACCAAUAUCCGACGACGUCUUACGGCCCUCCGCCAACCACAAAAGCUCCCCCUACUUCUUAUGGUCCUCCCGUUAUAGCCGCUCCUACCAUAUCGUAUGGACCUCCACCCAAAGCUCCUUCCACAUCUUACGGACCACCACCCAAAGCUCCUUCGACGUCUUACGGAGUGCCUUCCGUCCUGAUCGGUCAACCCAUUCAAACGUCGUACGGUCCUCCACCUACACCGAAGCCAAUCGAUCUCGAGUCUUACGCCGAGAAACACCAUCACCACCAUCACGAUUAUCAUCACCAUCAAGCUUCCAACAUGGAUUAUCAUCCUGACCACCGCACAACAACGACCACAACAACCACAACAGCAUCGCCAGUGACGAUCUCCGCAUAUCGCGCGCCGUUGGGACACAACCACCAAUUUUCAUCGGCUUCAUUUUCUCAGUUGCAAGUGAAACCUCCGCAGAAUCCACCAAACCCACCCGAGAUCAAUAAUCACGUGAUCGUCAAAGGAAUCGCCAACGCCAACCAAAUCAACAGCAACAGCAACAGCAACAACAACAACAAGAAUACGGGCAAAGGAGGUGGUAGGAGGCCGUCCAACAAGAAGAAGCAGGGAGUCAAAGUUGUUAGCACGACCUUACGCACCCCGCAAGGCAAUUUGAAUUUUGUCGACAUCAACAACGGAGCUAGUCCAGGCCCGUUUGUCAAAGGAGGCAAUCCAUUGGGCGCACUUUUACCUGAUUUCAUUCUGGAGAGUCUUGGCCAUCCCAUGUCUUUCUUGCCGCACGAAUUUUCGCACAGAUCCGGACACUUCGCCCCACGUUUCGAGGACUCCCCCCCGCAAGUCGUUCAUAACUUGCAUCAGUCCAAUUCCCGCUCUGACGUUGUGACAUCAAGCCGAACUGGAAAUGACGGAGAGUCGAUUACUGGCCGCAAUAGAGCUCAACCAUCCAUUCAAGGUAGCAAAAGUAAUAACAAGGCAAAGAGUCCCGUUAGCGAUGGCGUCACCAGCAACCCCACCAACAAACAAUCCAAACAUUCGUUUGACCCACGGCCGCCAUUUACCAUCAGCCGGCCAUCACCGUCUGCGAUGGAAAUCGCUUUCGGUGAUGCGGUUGGCAAGAGGUUAACGCCAGUUGCCCAUUAUUCGUCCGCGCAACAGCCGUCUGGACAUCCGUUAGAUUUGACCCACGGCAGCCGUCAAGGAAUUGCAGCUGCCGAAGGCUCGAUGAGAACAACGACAACUGAAUCAGCCAAAUCGGACCGUGGACGAUUCAACUUGCAAAACGGAAUGAAGUUCAACCUUCCGGCCGCGGCCAUUUCUGCUGCUGCCUUUUCUCUGCCGAUUUUAGUUGGCCGCAAACGACGACAAGUUGAGUCCAGAAGAGGUCCUUAUUGGCAGUUGAAAGAAGAAGAAGAACAUGACCACGAAGCGGAGGAUGCGUUCGUCCGACAUUUCACGGCUGAGAACGAGCGAGAGAUGCGCAAAAAGAACAUUGCCUCGUACAAUUGCCGACAGCUAUCGGUGAACGAUGAAAGUGCUGGCGCUGCUGUUCCCGGCCGUAGCGUCGCCACAACUCUUCACCAUCUGCUCGUUUGUCCCGGUCGCCAAUCCCGAACGCUGAACAUGAUCUUGCUGGACGGCUUGACCAUUCGCUGAGUGCUGCACGUCAUCACCGACGUUAAAUAAAAAUCGCUACUUUUCCCGUUAUUUGACUAUUAUCUCUGGCCAUAAGCUCCUUUUGAAUUGCUUUCAAUCUCUGUGAGCUGGCUCUCGGAGAACGAGAAAGAAAGAAGCUGAAGACGAGAUUAAGACUUACUUUAUUCCUCUUUGCAUCCGUCCUCCCAUUUCGUGCGUCGUUACAACUACUUAUUAGAAUUCCUCAAUUACAAUUAAGAAGAAAAAUGUCACCAUUUUCGCAUUUCUCUUUCAUCCUAUUUUAUUUGUUGUUUUGUUAAACUGUUGCUUUCAUGUUUUAUAAUAUUAUUUUAAUAUACAUACAUCAUUUAGAAAAUGUAUCGAUUCAACAUCGUCCAUUCUUGUUUUGUUUGAGGAAGCGAUCGAUUUUGCAAUCCACUGAAAUAAAUCCUAUUACACAAUUCAACCAAAUAACAUCCGACUUCUUUUUUAUAUUCUCUUAUGACAAUCACAAUUUGUAAGCGUGGCGUUAACAUUUAUGAAUUGUAUACGUCAUGCCAUGUUGUUUCUUUCGUUUUUGUUCUUCUCUUUCUCGGGACAUUCCUUCAAAUAAACACAAUCAACAUUG